CAGUACGUUAGCUUGGUGGCCCUGAACAACCCCAGAGACAACAGCAGCAGCAGCAGCUGGGUGACGCCUGGAUAACCACUUAGUUGUAACUUAUUACUUGUUGGUACAUGUGCUGAGCUACAGCUUGUGUAAUCACCAGCAACACUUAGAGGUGUACUCAGGCAGCCACACACACCAUCAACACAGUGUGUGCAGCAUCAUGGUUCUCAGUAGAAGCCGAAGUCGUUCAGCAUCUUCCAGUGCCUCUGAAAAAGAAAGAAAGUCUCGUGAUAAGGAAAAGAAGCCAAGAAAAAAGUCGUCUAGCAGUGACAGCAGCUCCAGUAGAAGUUCGUCGAGAAGCUCAUCUGGAUCUUCAGGCAGUUCAGACAGUUCCUCAAGCAGUAGUUCCUCUUCACGAUCAUCAUCAUCAUCGACGUCAUCAUCUUCAUCACGAUCAAGAUCAAGAGAUAAGGAGAAUAAACCAAAGGAAAAGGAGAAGGACAAAGACAAGAAAGAUGAUACCAGAUCUGCAUUCAAGACUAGUGCAGAAAAGAGCCGUAGUCAGAGCCAUGAGAAGAAACAAAAGCCAAAAAAGCCCUCCAAAUCUCGCUCAAGGUCUGGAUCACCACGACCAAGAAGAAAACCUCGUUCACCCACUCCAAGGCCAACUAGAAUCCAUGUCGGCCGUUUAACUCGCAAUGUUAAUAGGGAUCAUCUUCAUGAAAUAUUUUCAUUUUAUGGUACAGUGAAGAGUGUUGAUCUCCCAAUGUAUGACAUGCGUGUUAGUGCUAUAUUAAAUCGUGGUUAUGGAUACAUUGAUUUUGAGAAGCCAGAGGAUGCAGAAAAUGCUAUGAAGCACAUGGAUGGUGGACAGAUAGAUGGUCAGGAGAUAACUGCGGCCCCAGUGCUCAUACCACGCCAAAUUCCUCCUCGUCGCCGUUCACCACUACCUAUGCCCAUUCGUCGAGGCCCUCCACCACGUUGGAGAUCACCACCAAGAUAUGCCAUGAUGCGUCGUCGAUCACCACCACCAAUGCGCAGACGUUCUCCACCACGGCGAAGGUCUCCUCGUUCUCGUUCGCGGACACCUCCUAGGCGUAGGAGAUAUUCACGUUCUUCAUCAUCAUCAUCUCGUUGAUUUUUUUCUGAAGCUUUGAGGAAGCUUGUAUUUUUAUACACAUUAAGACAAUGCUCUGCAAUUAUUUUUGUAAUUUUAGUGCCUAAUCAAACUUACUGUGUGAAGAACUUUUUUUGUGCUUACAAGACAGAUUGUACUCCCACCCCCUCUCCACACACACAAUUUAGCUUUUUUGUAAUGGUGACACAUUUUUUUCUUUAUGGUUAAAGAACAAAUAACUAAAUGACCAAUGUGGGAUUAGUCCUUUGUUUUUUAUAUACUACUAUUAGUAACAAUAUAAGAAGUUGGAUACUGUAAAAAUGUAAGAAGUUGGAUUAUUAUUAUAAUCAUAACUAAGUGCUAAACCCACAAGGGUCAUACAGGUAAGAAGUUGGAAAUGGAAAAAUUUGUUUACUCUGACUUGAGUGUACCUGUUUCUUAUAUGAUACUGUAUGCAUUUGCUACAGCCAUUGAAACUUAGUGUUUAAGAAAGCAAACAUCUCUUGUAAAGGCAUUGUUAUAUUAAAAGCACUAAUAUGAAGACAUUACUAAAGCAGUGUCAAUAAUGUUGCUUUUAUAUGGACAUCAUCUAUUUCCUUAUGUGAUAUAAGGAGUUUGUUUGGAAUGACUUGUCGUUAACUUCUAGAUUCUUAACAUAUACAUUGUUGUAUAUAAUCAACUAGGUUUUGAGAACUAUAAAUAAAUUUAAAAAAUAAUAGAAA